UCUCCUCGUCCGGCAGGGGCGCAGCCAUUUUAAUUCAUAUCUGAGUGGGCGGUGGCGAUUCGUCUUGGCGGUCUGGCUCCGCUGGGCAGGGGGUAACUUUACUGGUUUGGGUGGUUUUUAGUUUAAUUUUUCUUUUCUAGCUUCGCAUCGCGGGCCAGUUCUCCCUUUCUAAUCAGCUGAGGCCAUGUCAGGAGACGGCGCCCCGGAGCAGGCAGCUGAGUAUGUCCCAGAGAAGGUGAAGAAAGCCGAAAAGAAAUUAGAAGAGAAUCCAUAUGACCUUGACGCUUGGAGCAUUCUCAUUCGAGAGGCACAGAAUCAACCUAUAGACAAAGCACGGAAGACUUAUGAACGCCUUGUUGCCCAGUUCCCCAGUUCUGGCAGAUUCUGGAAACUAUACAUUGAAGCAGAGAUAAAAGCUAAAAAUUAUGACAAGGUUGAAAAGCUAUUUCAGAGAUGCCUUAUGAAGGUUUUGCACAUUGAUUUAUGGAAGUGUUAUCUUUCAUAUGUUCGAGAAACCAAGGGUAAACUGCCAAGUUACAAAGAAAAAAUGGCUCAAGCAUAUGACUUUGCACUAGAUAAAAUUGGAAUGGAAAUUAUGUCUUAUCAGAUUUGGGUGGAUUACAUCAAUUUCUUAAAAGGCGUGGAAGCUGUUGGAUCUUACGCAGAAAAUCAGAGAAUAACAGCUGUCCGAAGAGUUUAUCAACGAGGUUGUGUUAAUCCAAUGAUCAACAUUGAACAACUCUGGAGAGACUAUAACAAGUAUGAAGAGGGUAUCAAUAUUCAUUUAGCUAAAAAAAUGAUUGAAGAUCGGAGUCGAGAUUACAUGAAUGCUAGGCGUGUAGCAAAGGAAUAUGAGACAGUAAUGAAAGGUUUGGACCGCAAUGCUCCCUCAGUGCCUCCUCAGAAUACUCCCCAAGAAGCCCAGCAGGUGGAUAUGUGGAAGAAAUACAUACAGUGGGAAAAGAGCAACCCUCUUCGUACAGAAGAUCAGACGCUUAUCACAAAAAGAGUUAUGUUUGCUUAUGAACAGUGCCUGCUUGUACUGGGCCAUCACCCUGAUAUUUGGUAUGAAGCCGCCCAGUAUCUUGAACAGUCAAGUAAACUGCUUGCGGAAAAGGGGGAUAUGAAUAAUGCCAAAUUAUUUAGUGAUGAAGCUGCUAAUAUAUAUGAAAGAGCCAUAAGCACUUUAUUAAAGAAGAAUAUGCUUCUUUAUUUUGCAUAUGCAGAUUAUGAAGAGAGUCGCAUGAAAUAUGAGAAAGUUCACAGUAUAUAUAACAGACUUCUGGCAAUUGAGGAUAUUGACCCCACCUUGGUAUAUAUCCAAUAUAUGAAAUUUGCAAGAAGAGCAGAAGGUAUCAAAUCUGGAAGAAUGAUAUUUAAAAAAGCAAGAGAAGAUACCAGAACCCGCCACCAUGUCUAUGUUACUGCAGCACUCAUGGAGUAUUACUGUAGUAAGGACAAAUCUGUUGCCUUUAAGAUUUUUGAGCUGGGUCUAAAGAAAUAUGGAGACAUUCCAGAAUAUGUCUUGGCCUAUAUUGACUAUCUUUCUCACCUCAAUGAGGACAAUAAUACCCGAGUUUUGUUUGAACGAGUCUUAACCUCUGGAAGCCUUCCUCCUGAGAAGUCUGGAGAAAUCUGGGCCCGAUUUCUAGCUUUCGAAAGUAACAUUGGUGAUCUAGCUAGCAUACUCAAAGUGGAGAAAAGACGGUUUACAGCAUUCAAAGAAGAGUAUGAAGGCAAAGAAACAGCUUUACUGGUGGACAGAUAUAAGUUCAUGGACUUAUAUCCUUGCUCGGCGAGUGAACUAAAAGCGCUUGGUUAUAAGGAUGUCUCCCGUGCUAAGCUAGCAGCUAUAAUUCCAGACCCAGUUGUAGCUCCUUCCAUAGUGCCUGUUCUGAAAGAUGAAGUGGAUAGAAAACCAGAGUACCCCAAACCAGACACUCAGCAGAUGAUUCCAUUUCAGCCACGACAUUUAGCACCUCUGUCUAGAAAUUCUUCCAUCCUGUCUGAUCCCCCCUUCCCCUUGUGUCACAGCACCCGGCUUACACCCUGUUCCCGGGGGCGUGUUCCCAGUGCCGCCUGCAGCCGUCGUUCUAAUGAAACUUCUCCCUCCUCCCAUCUGCUUCCAGGGUCCUUUUGUACAAGUGGAUGAACUGAUGGAAAUUUUCCGAAGAUGCAAGAUACCAAAUACUGUUGAGGAAGCUGUUCGGAUCAUCACGGGCGGCGCCCCGGAGCUGGCCGUCGAGGGGAACGGCCCGGUGGAGAGCAACGCCGUACUCACCAAGGCGGUCAAGAGGCCCAACGAGGAUUCCGAUGACGAUGAAGAAAAGGGAGCUGUCGUCCCCCCUGUUCAUGACAUCUACCGAGCGCGGCAGCAGAAGCGAAUUCGGUGAAGCGGGCCCCAGCCGGGCUCUGCAAGAAAACUCCAGGAUUCCGUUCUUGCCUCUUAAGUCGUAUGUUUAAAAGAGACAAUGCUUUGUUACAAGGUUCUUGGAAACAAAGUCGUAUGUCAUUGGUGCCUCUAUCAUAUGGUUCUUGGGAAGAAAAACCACCAACCAACCUGUGUGAAUUUUAGAACAUGGAACAGACCUGUGCUCUAAGCAAAACUAGGUUUUCAAAAAUGUGAGAACAGCACAAAAUGGCAGAACCACAUUUUGUUCCCUCUUCAAGGGGGUCUUGUAUGUGCCGCUUGAAGAUUUGUGAGUUUUCAACAGUUUUAUUUUAAAAACUGGAUGGCUUAUGAUUGUAAAGCAUUUUACCACAUUUUCUGAAAACAGUUCUCAGUUUGCUUAUGUAGAGUCUGCCUUAUUGUUUGUUUUUAUUUAUGGCAGAAUGUAUGGGAUCAGUUUUAUAGUUUAAAAUUUUAAAACAAUCCUUUAAAAAAAAUAAAAGGAUCUCAAAAAUGUCAUGCCUCCUGCUGCUUCCAUUCAGAAUUUAUUUAAAAUAGCUACUUACUUUAUUCAGCCAAUACCAUUUAAAAAUAAAUGCCAAUCCAAAGAAAAGUCAUCUUGUAUUUAUGUAUACUUACCUACCUGUCCUCUCCUGGUCUCAGUAUUAACUGAAAACAGAGGGAUCUAAUUUUAAGAGGCAAAUUAAACAUUUUAGAAAUCCUCAAAUAUGAAUGUACUUUCCCCCAAUUAAUCUGAGGCAGAUAUAUUACCUUUCGUGUCUCUUAAAAAGCAAAGUGUGGGAAUUCCUUUAACCACCCACUGUCUUGCUCUCACAAAUAUAUUUCAGAAGGUACUCAGUGCUCAAGAGCUACACACAGAUAGCAUUAAAUUAUAAGUCCCAAGAAUUCGGUUUCGCUCUUUGUGAGCAACAUUAUGUCCUCUUGACUCAUUUCUAGAAAAACUACUAGACAGAAAACUAGUUGAGCCUAAGGGUUGUGAUUCAGAAUAAAAGCUAAAAGGAAGGUGGGGCGGGGGGGGGGGGGGGAGGAA